AUUCUUGCUCGGACUUAAUGCCCUUCUUCAGUCCCGGGGAACAUUAAGAACAAUGAAUACCUCGUUCACUUGCUCCUCUAACCAUAUCUCACCAUCCUCUCAGUCAUGUCUUCUCACGGCAUCCCAGAGGUGUUGAUGAAAAAGGUGGACGAAUACGUCGACUCCCUUACCCCGCAAAUUCAACCCCGCAUUGCUUCAGAGCUGGACAUUUUCCAGCAGAAGACCAUCGACUCGUUGGAGACACAGGUCAUCGACGCGUUCCGUGAUCUCUUUGGUCGCCAUGACGCCAGCAACCCCGGAGUCGCAAGGUCGCUAGAUGCCGCAGUCCCAGAUACCUAUGGCGGUCAAUCAUUGCCUUUCGCUACCGAGAUCGCGAAUCUCACAGGCAGCUUCGGGAAGAUUGUCGACGAGGCAGGCGACGACGUGCGCGACAUCUUUGGUCUUACCGAAACCCAGCCCAACGCCGGCGGCACACGGUCGUUUGCAGAGGGAAGCCCUGACCCCUCCCAGUUGGCCCGCGGCUUCUUCUCCGCUGCUGUCCAAGCUGUUCAAGAUCACUUAGAUAACGACAACAACGGCGGUUUGAGGCCAGGCGGGCAGAAACUUGAACUUGACGGGCUUCUUGGCAUGUUCACCAACAAUGUCAAGGACAUAGUACGGAGUCCCGAAGACACGGCACGUCGCAUCAGCCCUGAAAUCAAGGAAAGGGUCGGCGUGAAGCUGCGCGAGCAUCACGGGCCCAUCGCUGAGCAGUUCACUCGCAUUGCCUUGGACCAUAUCAAGCGCUGGCUACGCGGCAACACGAGCGCACGCGAUCUCGGCGAUGGCGCCAGGGGUGAGAUUGAAGAACACGUGAAGGGGUUUGUGAAAGGAAUCGGAGACCUCUUUGGCAACAAGAGGGGAGACAGCGAGGGCUCUUCGAGGGGCUUUGGCGACCGCGACAGCAGUGCUAAUGAAGAUGGCAAUGGUGGUGGCUUCUCCAAGGUCAUCAGUGAGAAGUUGAGUACAGGUCUUGCUAGAGUCCAUAGGGACGUCCGUCUUGAAUUCCGCAAAGUGCUGGGUGGCAUUGAGAAGCAGCUGUUCGAGCUACUUCCGGACGAGUUGCAGGGGUCCUUGGAGAAGAUCCUUGGCGGCAAUCCCUUCGACUCGCAACUCCAACGUGACGCCGGAUUUCAGCAAGACCGCGGUUUUGGAGACAACAUUAAGACGAAACUAGUUGAAAAGAUUCGAGGUCUCGUAUUGAAGGUACAGAGAAUGCUUCGGGAAAGUAUUCUCAGUAUUGUAAAUGGAGGACACCGCAAGUUGGAGCGCCAGAGUUGGGUCUUUGUGCAGAACAUAGUCGAGGAGAAAGUUCAGAGAUACUUGCCCAAGGUGAAGAUUACCGUUCCGGACGACAUUGGAAAUGAAGGAGUGAGCAUAGGACCGCCGAAUCCCAGCGCCCGCCUGGAGGAGAGCCACCAGCCGAACCCUUCUUCACAAUAUGGAUACCAGCAAGGUAAUUCGGCUGAUUACUAUCAGAAUCAGCACCAGUCCCAACCCGAACAUCAACCCAGUCAUUAUCCACCACCUCACCAGGGUAAUUAUGGGGUUGAUCAGCAUUACGACCCCCAAGGUUAUCAGCAGAACCAUAAUUAUCAAGGUAGCCAGUGGCAUAGCCAAAACCCACCAUACUAGAGCCUGUAAAUCGUGUGCAUCUAGACAUGCUGUCAAGAUAGAUACCACAGAAUAUAAACAUGCCAUCCCGUAGUCAGUGAAAUGAAGGAACUGUCAUACCUUCCCUACGUUUUUUGGAGUGGAUCUACAUAUACCUACCUUACUUCUACAACGGUACGUAAAUAAUUCAGAUGGACGGCCUCCAUACGCAAUAUCUUGGCAUCCGCAUGGAUUGAACCAGAACCAACAACCCGUAUUAUUACCCGUGACACACUA